AUGGACAGCAAACCAUACUUCUACUUAUGGGACUUUGAGGGUUCUAAGAAGGUCCCCCGUGGAAACUAUCUUGCUGUUGCUGGGCCAGACAAGUUUUUCGCAGCUGGCGCUGGAUGGUGCGAUGUUAUCCGAUUCCGUGGUGAUCUUGAUUAUGAUUAUUAUGAGGAGGAUGAUUACUCUCAGCCAGAUGUCUCCAGAAUUCGUCUGACUUUGGCACCUGAAGAUACCACUUCCAAAAAAUCUGGUCUGACCAUUGAUGGCAGUAAAAACCUGAAACGAACUUCUGCAGGAAGCUCCGUCAGGUUGAACUUCCAUCCCAUUCCCUGCCCCAUUGAGGAGGACGACUAA